GCUGGUUGCUUCCCGCCAUUAAACCCAAGAAGAAAACGCUGCGUCACUACGUCAGUCUGUCAACAUGACAGUGAUAACAGCGCUCUUCAUUUAAAGCUCCGACAGAUAACAGCUGGCUGACACACCACGAGGAUUUAACCAGGAAUAUAUUCAUGAGACAUAUGGACACAUUCAUGAUCUUGUGUUGAUGGCUGUUAUUCUGCUUACUAAACAUGUUGCAACAUUAUGUUCCGGGAUGAAGCUCGCAGCAUGGUUAAUCAUUGACUGAUGAAGAUGGCAGUCAAAGUUCUGUUUUACUGGCCCAAUAUUAUUGGAUACUUUCGCAUUGGCCUUGUGUUUGCUGCUUGGGCUGCCUUUGAAACACCAGCAGUGUUUGUUCCUCUUUACUCUCUCUCCACAGUUCUUGAUGGAGUGGACGGCUGGGUGGCGAGGAGGCUGGGACAGACCUCCAGGUUUGGGGCCUGGCUGGAUGUAGUGGUGGACAACCUGAGCAGAGGCAUGCUGUGGAGCCGGCUGUAUGAGUGGGGUUGGCUGGUGUCCGCACUGGAGUGGUGUGUGUUCGUGUGUAACCACGACGCUCGAGGCGACCGUUGGAAGGACAGCUUCACCAGCAGCCCCGCUCUCAUACGAGCCAUCAUGGCCAACGGGUUUCGGACACCCCUGGGCACGUGGGUGGUGAGCGGGCUCCACUGCCUCCCUCUGUGGCUGUACGGGUACCAGCGAGGUUUACUGUCCCGCUGGUUCUAUCUGCCGCUCUGGAUUCAGGCUCCGGGGACCGUGCUGCUGGCUGCAGGUCGCCUGCUGGCUCUGACAGUAGAGAUGUGGUGUAUAUGGACACACAUUGGAUUCCUCACCGGUGACGACCCGGAAGAGAAGAAGAAGAAGAACUGAAAUCCAUACGCACUUAUUUCAUGAUCUCGCCUCAGUUUAAAAAAACAAAACAAAAAAAACGAAAUCAAUAGACAUGAUUGAUUUUUUGCUGCUGCUGCUGAGGUACAAGGUAAGGCUCAUCUCCCCUCUGCUGCUGUCAGACUGUCAUAACAGCAUGAAUGAAUGAAACACCAAUGAUCCCCACACUAGAGAUCACUUCAUUCAUAGCAGCUUAAAAUUAAAAGUAAAAGAGUGAGUUAAAAACUAAAGACUAUAUAUAUGAAAAUAUACACAUAUACAAAUAAACAGAUAGCAUCAUACUAAAAUAUUGCAUUGGAAAUUGGAUAAUUGCACCGAAAGAGACAAAAAAAGUAUUUUUUCCUCUGGGGUGAAACAUAAGAAAAAUCUGAUGAAUGAUGAAUUAAUAAAUAAGAUGAUGAUGUGAUGAGAGGUGUUGUCUCUCCUAUGGAACCUAGAGGGCAGUCCAGGACAGACACUCAGUAAACUUAACCAGUUCAUAGAGUCUCUUUCUUUUCCUCUCUUUGCUUCCUCCUCACUAUAAAACACUGUGUGACAGAGCGCUGAUGCCACCACAGCAUCAUUCAAUGUUCUCCAGAGGUCCUACAGGACAUCCAACCAUUCCAGUUUAUAGUAGAGGUGAACUCUCAGGUACAUAUUGAAAAGUGUUUUUUUUUGUUAGUUAAAGGGAACACAAUGGCACUGUCUAAUUACUGGAAUAGAGACCUUAUGAAAGCGCUUUAGAAAUGUCAGCAGGGCAGUUAGAAAUGACAGAAAUGUUUGCACUAAAGGGAAAGCUUGAUUUAUUAUACACAUAUAUAAUGAUGCUUUACCUCUGUUGUAGAGGGAGCCAGUGUAAACUCUUAUAAGAGUUAACACUGUGCACUUUUUAACACAGUUUAAUGUAGCUGUAAGCAGAUUUGAACUUUAUUAACCCUCCUGCUGUUUUCCUGUUGAUUGUGUAACUAAAGGAUAUGGUAUAAAUGAUCACCCAAUUAUGUGUUAGACCUUUUUAACAAACGUCAUUUCAACUUAUGUUUGGAAAUUAUGCUCAACAGGCCUCAUUUAGAUGAAGUUAUACCUCAAUUUUGAAUUGUCCCCAUGGGUCAAAAUGGACCAGAGGACAACAGGAGGGUUAAUGUACGGCUUUCGUCAGUAAUAACUUUUAUAAAGAGAUUUUAUACAAAGGAGUAGUUAUAGUUGACAAUGUAAUAAACACAUCUGCUUACAUCUACAUCAUAGUGUGCUAUAAGUCAUUUAGUAAAUGUUCAGAUAGUGAUUAAUAAUGCUCAGUAGUGGAAUUUGAAGUGUUUAUCUUACAUGCAGGGAAUUAUGUUUGUGUAAAAAAAAACAAAAAAAAAAACAGGCUAAAUGUGCAUCUCUCAGCUGUAUACUACCAUUUUAAAAAGAUGAAGGAACAGCUCUAUAUUACUGUUGUAAUGUUUUAAAAAAAACUCAAACUAAGCAAUUAUGAAGAAAAAAGGCUCACUGUACUGUAGGACAAUGUACAAACG